CGCUGCCCGCCAUCUUUGUUGUUUGGAUUGUGUUUGUUUUUGGCGAGAUGGCGAUCAACCCCAGGAAGGAUGGAGGCCCUAAUGUCAAAUACUACGAGUCCACCGAGACUGUUUCUCAGUUCGAGCACGUUAAGACGUGGCUAAUGAAAAAUGCGAAAAAGCAUGUGCAAGCUGAUCCCCCAAACAACAAGGGGCUGUCACAGCUGGUGGUACAGCUGCUUCAAUUCAUGGAAGAUAAUUUUGGUCCAAAGGUUACCAAGGCCCCUAUGACCAAGCUGCCUAUGAAAUGUUUCCUGGACUUCAAACCUGGCGGUGGACUAUGUCACAUUCUAAGUACAGUGUAUAAAUUCAAAAGUGACCAAGGUUGGCGUAGGUUCGACUUUCAGUCUCCAUCCCGCAAAGAUGCAAAUGUAGAACUCUUUCGGGAAAUUGAGAAGAGUUUGCUUUCUAACAAAUGUUGGAGUAAACCAUCAGUCUUCAUUCAUGGUGAAGUAGAUAAGGAACUCCGCAAUGAACUUAAAGACAUUGUCAAGAGACAUGACGGAAAGAUUGUGGGUUACUGCAUGGCUGAUAUUGUCUCCCCAUGGAAAUCUACUAUUGUAGAAACCUUUUUCACUCAUGAUAAACAAUUUACGUACCUUUUGUGUUCAUGUAAGACUGAGUUCUUUGAUGGCCAGUGGAAGGUGUGUGCCAACUGGUUGCAAGACUUGGAAUCUUACAACGAGUGGAUGAAUGAAGAAGAUUAUGAGGUAGAUGACAAUGGCACCAAGAAAAAACAUCGUGGAUGCCUGAGUGUCGAUGACACGAUGGGCCUUAGUGAUCCAGAUAAAAAGAAAAAAGCCAAAAAGAGACCACGAUCGCCACCGUCACCUCGUUCCAAAAGGAAAGGAUCACGAAACACUACCACACCGGGAAAACCAGUCAAAAAGACCAAAAUGGAAGAGGAGGAGGAAGAUCUCACCAGGGACAUGGAGGACCCUGCCCCUGAACCUACAGUCACUGAGGUUACUACAGGUUCUAAAGUACAACCGAGUAAAGGUGGAAAUUACAUGGAUCUAGAUGAAGAAACUACAGAGAAGACAGAAAAAAUUGAAGGACCAGGAGAGAGCGAGAGCGCUGAUCACACUGCUGCGGCGUCUUACUCUGCCCAGUUUGCAGCGAUCGUCAAGGAAGGAGGCUAUUCUCCAGAGCAGGUGUUCAAUGUGGACGAGACUGGCCUUUUCUGGAAUAGUCUUCCCAACAAGACCUUCCUUACAAAGGAGAAAAGCUCUGCUUUAGGUUUCAAGGCCUUGAAGGAUCACCUGACUUUGUUGUUUUCCUCAAAUGCACCUGGGGGACUUGGAGCUGACUCCUAUGCAGAUGUACCAGGUCUCUGUCCUUGUACACUCAAGAACAUCACACAUCUACCAGUGGUAUGGUUUGCUGUUACACCAAAUAUAGUUGCCAUUCCUUUCAAUCAAGUAGGGAAGCCGGUCCCAGACAGCGAGGAUACCGCCACAGACCAGACCCACCACAUUAUUGUCCCAAGCUAUGCUGCUUGGUUUGAUUACAAUGCCAUUCAUGCUAUUGAGAAGAGAGGACUUCCUGAAUUUUUUAAUGGCAAGAACAAGUCAAAAACACCUGAAAUAUACCUGGCAUACAGAAAUUUCAUGAUUGAUACUUACAGAUUAAACCCAACUGAAUAUUUAACAUCCACUGCAUGUCGUCGCAACCUUGCUGGAGAUGUAUGUGCGGUGAUGCGUGUGCACGCAUUUCUUGAACAGUGGGGGCUGAUUAACUACCAGGUUGAUGCCGAUGCCAGACCUACACCAAUGGGGCCUCCACCCACUUCUCACUUCCAUGUUUUAGCAGACACUCCAGCUGGGCUUCAGUCCAUCAACCCUCCCAAGGUAAAUCAGCCUAUUGCAGCUAAACAUAUGAUGGAUUUUGACAAGAAGCCUAUAGAUAAAAAGCCAGAUUUCAGUAUUGGCACUGACUUUGGAUUGAAGCUUGACCAGUAUUCCAAGAAAACAGGAGCUCUCAAAAACAAAUCGGCAGCCAGUCAAGCUCGUGAAUGGACAGAGCAAGAAACUCUACUUCUUCUGGAAGCUCUUGAAAUGUACAAAGAUGACUGGAACAAAGUAUGUGAACAUGUAGGAACCAGAACACAGGAUGAAUGUAUCCUUCAAUUCCUUCGUCUUCCCAUUGAGGACCCAUAUUUGGAAGAUUCUGAAGUUGGUUCGGGAGCAACACCAAAUGCACUAGGACCUUUGGCAUAUCAGCCUAUUCCUUUCAGUAAAUCAGGCAACCCAAUUAUGUCCACUGUUGCCUUUCUAGCUUCAGUAGUUGAUCCUCGAAUUGCAGCUUCAGCUGCAAAAGCAGCCAUGGAUGAAUUUUGCAGAAUUAAAGAUGAAGUUCCUGCGGCCCUUCUCGAUUCUCAUAUUAAGAAUGUUGCUGAUCAUGCAGCCACUAAUGAGGGCAAAGUGGAUCCAACUGCUGGUUUGGGUAAAUCAGGUAUUGCUGGAACUGAGCCAGAGGGAGAGGAAAAGAAGGAAGGUGAACCAGAGACAGAAAAGAAAGAUGAUGCCAAAAAGGAUUCUGAGAAGAAAGAAGAAGAAAAGAAGGAUGAAGGUGAGAAAGAAAAGAAAGACGAGUCAAUGGAAGUUGAUAAAUCAGAUGAGAAAAAAACAGAGGAGAAAAAAGAGGGUGAAGAAGAAGACAAGAAGGAUGAAAAGGGGGAAACCAAAGACGAGAGGAAAGAAGAGAUCAGCCCUGAAGAAAAGAAAUUAGAUGCAGAGCGUGAGAGGUUACGUAAGGAUGCUUCUGUCCAGCAAGCAGCCAGUGCUGCUUUGGGAUCAGCUGCUGUAAAAGCAAAACAUCUAGCUGCAGUAGAAGAAAGAAAAAUAAAAUCUUUGGUUGCACUUCUGGUUGAGACGCAAAUGAAGAAGCUUGAAAUCAAACUCCGCCACUUUGAAGAACUCGAGACCAUAAUGGAUAGGGAACGAGAGAGCUUGGAGCUGCAGCGUCAGCAAUUAUUACAGGAACGUCAACAGUUUCAUCUGGAACAGUUGAAAGCUGCAGAGAUGCGAGCACGUCAGCAUGCCUUACAUCAGCUGACGCAAGGGGCAAGUCCAGCUCAUUCCCCAGCGCCUUCCAUGGCACAGGUUCACCAGUAGCACCUCACAAUUUGAAAUAUUUGCUAAUUUAUAAAACAUUUUGGAAAGUGGAUAUAGUGUACAUGCAAAUUCUUCAGGAGCUAUUUUGCCACUGGUAACAAAGGUAAGCUUUGGGAUAUCUUUAUAUAGGAUUUCUUAUCUGUACAUGAUUUUAAUAAUGAAAAGUAGCACUAGUAACAUAAGAAUAAUUAUUUCAGGGUGUAAUAUACAAUGUUGUACGUCAAAUUGGUUAGGUAUAAAAGUACGAUACACUUUGAAAGGAAUGAGUAGUGUUUAUGUUGGCAAUGGGCAUUUGCAGAUGAAAAGAUUUGUUGAGGUUUAGCUCAACUGCUAAUGCACAAUUAUCUUCUUUAGAAUGUGUUCCCUAUUCAAAAUUUAGUCUAAGCAUAUUGAAUUUAACAUUCCCACACAUGUAUGUAAAUUUUAGUUCAUAUCUGGUAUUACAGUCCAUUGCCCUUUCAUUAUGGACAGGUUGCGUGUAGUACAAGAGAUAUUGUAGGUGACUGCAGACAUUGUUCUCUUUUAUUUUAAGUUAGAUAAUAUAAAUGUUGUCUAUAUUGAUGUUUAGAAAUCUCAGUUAAUGUAUCAUACAACAUUAUCAUCAUUUUAUCAUUAAAACUCAUUUUUA